AGGCGGUGCUUCUCGCGCCACUUAGCUAGCUAGCCUUAGCUAAACGAGGAAGGAGAAACUAGCAAGCUAGCUAGCUAGCUAACUUUUAUUGUCCGAAGAGCUGCACGUUGAAAUAAUGUUGGACUGUUAAAUAGGCGGCUAGGUAGUUAGUUGCCCGAAACACAAGUAAUAUUCGUGAAGAAACGCGGCAAGUGUUACCAAUAGAGUUAUAAUAAGCUAGCUAGCUAACGAAUGACCUGGUUUCCUAGGUACUCUGCUUAAUUAGCUAGUUAACGUUAGCUGUUUUGUUGCUUGCAGCGUUUCCCAUCGCGCUUUAUUUUAAUUAAAUUUCGGCUUUUGUCAUCAUCCGGGCGGAUAAAGAGACUGAAUGCUAAAAACGGUGAAAAAUGACACAGUUUCUACCCCCUAACCUGUUGGCGCUCUUUGCGCCGAGAGACCCGAUACCAUUCCUCCCGCAGCUGGAGAAAUUGCCCCACGAGAAACACCAUAAUCAGCCAUACUGCGGCAUUGCCCCGUAUAUCAGGCACUUCGAGGAUCCCCGAGAUGCCCCCCCGCCAACCAAAGCCGCCACCAGGGAGGAGAGGCUGGAGAGGAAGAGGCGAGAGAAGGCCGAGCGGAGGCAAACCGUCCUGGAGACCGAACUGCAGAUCUGGGACCCACACAAUGACCCCAACGCUCAGGGAGACGCCUUCAGGACCCUGUUUGUAGCUAGAGUGAACUACGACACCACGGAGUCCAAGCUUCGCCGCGAGUUCGAAGUCUACGGGCCAGUUAAGCGCAUCUACCUCGUUUACAACAAGCAGACGAGCAAACCCCGCGGCUACGCCUUCAUCGAGUACGAGCACGAGCGGGACAUGCACUCCGCCUACAAACACGCCGACGGGAAGAAGAUCGACGGCAGGAGAGUGCUGGUGGACGUGGAGAGAGGGCGCACCGUGAAGGGAUGGCAGCCCCGCAGGCUGGGCGGCGGCCUGGGCGGCACGCGGAGGGGAGGCCCCGACGUCAACAUCAAGCACUCGGGCCGGGACGACGCCUCGCGCUACGACGAGAGGCCCAUCGGAGGAGGGGAGCGUGGUGGCGAGCGAGAGCGUGGUGGCGAGCGGGAACGUGGCGGCGAGCGGAGGGCCGACCGCAGCAGGGAGAAGGACCGGGAGAAGGACCGCGGCGAGAGGAGGAGAUCCCGCUCCAGAGAGAGGAGGCGCCGCGCCUCCCCAUCCAGGGAGAGAGCGGAAAGGGGAGCGGAAAGGGGAGGGGACAGGGGAGCGGAAAGGGGAAGGGAGAGGGAGAGGGAGCGAGGCGGAGGAGGAGGAGCCGAGGAGGUGAGCAGGAGCAGGGAGAGGAGCAGGGACCGCGACAGGAAGAGGAGGAGCAGGAGCAGGGACAGGAAGAGGGAGCGCGAGAGGGGGAAGGCGGCCGGAGGCGAGGAGGGAGGAGAGGGGGCGACGGGCUCAGGGAACGGGGACGAGGGGGAGAGGGCGCCGGACGAGCCCAACCCCGGGGACCCCGGCCGGGACGAGGGGAACGCCGAGGGGGAGGAGAGGGGGCGGGACCGAGACCGCGGGGACCGGGACCGCGACAGGAGGCGGAGCCACAGGGACAAGGACCGCGAGCGCGACCGCGAGAGGAGGAGGGACAGAGACCGGGAGCACAAGCGGGACCGGGGCGAUCGCGAGAGGGGCGGGGACAGGAGGGGGGAGGAGCGGCAGGCCUCCCAGGGCCCGGAGGCGCUAGGGAACGGCGAGGACGGGCCCGGGCCAGAGGAGGAGGGGGAGGAGGACGGGCAGAACGGGGCCCCGCAGCAGGAGGCGGAGUGGAACAGGGAGGAGGGGUACACCGCAAACGAGAACGGUCACAUGAUGGAGACACAGGCGGACGAGGAGUACUGAGGGCAGCGCUCCCGCUGCGCAGGGCGGCCGGGCUUCAGGGAUAAACAACGGGACGGGAAGAGCACGCACAGGAGCUCCUCCAAUCACAGGCCACGUUGGUAGCAACCACUCCCAAGAAGAGCGAUGGCGAUUGGUGGAUGUACGCCUCUAGGUAUCUAGGAACUAGCAUCCACCAAUCGCCACUGCCGUCGUUCCAUUAGUCGUUGACAACGCUCCCUGCUUUGCGGAGCUCGUCACUUUCCUAGCAUCAAGGCGAUUUGUAAGUGUCUUAUCGUCAUUUUGCGACCCCUGCUUUUUAAACGUUUUUUACCAGGCCAUUACAGAGCUGAGCAGCUGUGCGUACCUCGCGCUCAAGUUUUAGCCCCCGAUUGGAAAAACCAAGCGCGUCCUUCGGCCCUCCUCCUCUUCCUCCUCCGUCUGGCUCAGUACCGAUUCCAUCCCACCGCGCCUCCCUCCCCUCAGCUGGUAGUUGACCAAUCCCGGCUUUUAAAAAUGAUGUUUUUGUUUUCGUCGAUACUCUUAAUUUAGCUUUCGUUCAGUUUUUUUAAAGGCCUUUUUUCCCCCCGAGGGAGGGAAGUAGCAUAGCGUGGUGUUAGCGCUACACGUCUGUCGUAUCCAGCGGUCCCAGUGUUAACGGUCAGGGCGCGAAACGUAGUGUGCGCACCGGGGGCGAAGCUAUCGAAAAUGUGCAGGUUUUACUGUGAGAAGUAUUUUCAAGCCGUUUGGCAGGAGGUUUGACCUCUUCUGCGUCUACUUCAGGAUCUACUGACUCCUGUCAAAUGCUUCAUUACAUUACAUUUCAGUACAUGCACAUCAUGGGACAGUGUACUUCACUUUCAUAUUAAAAUUAAAUGUGUGAGGAACUUGAGCGACCGGCUUCGGUUUUAGCCGUCAGCAUUCGAUCCUGUAAAUCAUCUACACUUACACCUGUAAAUCACAUCUGUGUCCUGUCUGUGUGGAUGAAUUGUCAGUUAUCGUCGAGUAGAACCAAAUGUUAGUUCUUGAGCUUUCACUGCCCCCGUCUCUCCAAGCCGUUCACCAGACGUUUACCGAGACUUCAACCAAUAAGUUGCACAGCUGUGUUACAUUGAGGCUUUCCCAGAGAAGCGAACGGAAGACUGUAAAUUCUUAUGCGUAGUUUCCUUUUUAUAUUAAUGUUUUAUUCUGGGAAUGGUCAGAAUCGAACCAAACCUAUUGGAUCCCUCUGAAAAGAAAGGUUGUGUGUCAAUUUUGAAAAGUAUGUUUUUACCCUUUAUUUUGUUCACACUUCAAUAAAGAAGCAUUUUUUUAUUUGACAGUU